CCAUUUUUCUUUAUGUCUAUCUAUUGGCGUUGUUCUGAAGAAACGUUUACAGACAUUAAUUCCGAUUGAUUUUUGCGCAAAAAAAUUCUGAAACGAAGUAUUUAUUUAUAAAUUUACAGAUUUGAGCAUUCAAAAAGCAUUAAGUGUUUAAAUAGUAUUUUCAACGUCGUUUUGUUGUAAAUCUGAACAUAGAAAAAACCUUACAUUUUGUUGUCAAAUGCAGGAUAUUAUGAAGACCGAGGGCAACGACAAUUCUAACGAUAGUCGGGAUAAAGAACGGGAUCGACGGGGCCGUGGAGCACGUGCAUCAAGAUUUUCCGAUGCCGACGCCAGUGGUGGAGGUAGCGGAGGUGCUGGUGGCAGCAGUAUCUCUGGUGGCAACACCAACCGUGAACGUAGCCGUGAGCGACGGAACUGUCGUGUUUAUAUCUCCAACAUCCCAUACGAUUAUCGCUGGCAAGAUUUGAAAGAUUUAUUCCGACGUAUAGUGGGAUCUGUGGAAUAUGUAGAACUGUUUCACGAUGAAAAUGGAAAAGCUCGUGGAUGUGGUAUUGUUGAAUUUAAAGAUCCCGAUAACGUGGAGAAAGCAUUGGAAAAAAUGAACCGAUACGAGAUAAAUGGGCGCGAGUUAGUUGUUAAAGAGGAUCAUGGUGAACAGCGCGAUCAAUAUGGACGUAUUGUCCGUGAUGGCGGAGGUCCCCCGCGAGGAGGUGGUGGUGGCGGCGUUGGUGUCGAUAUGGGUGAUAGAGAUAGAGGGUUUUCUCGCCGUGAUGACGACAGAUCUGGGCGUAAUAAUUUUAACAUGAUGUCGAAUGAUUUUAAUAAUUCAUCGAAUUACAAUUUGUAUGGGCUUUCUGCUUCGUUUUUGGAGAGUCUGGGCAUAAGUGGACCUUUGCAUAAUAAGGUUUUUGUUGCUAAUCUGGACUAUAAAGUUGACACGAAGAAACUUAAACAAGUUUUCAAACUGGCUGGAAAGGUACAGAGUGUUGACCUAUCUGUCGACAAAGAGGGUAACAGUCGCGGUUUCGCUGUAGUCGAAUAUGAUCAUCCAGUUGAAGCUGUUCAGGCUAUUUCUAUGUUGGAUCGUCAAAUGUUAUUCGAUCGACGUAUGACAGUGCGUUUGGAUCGCAUCCCUGACAAGGGUGAAGGUUUGAAAUUACCCGAAGGUUUGGGUGGAGUUGGCAUUGGUCUGGGGCCGAAUGGUGAACCACUGAAAGAUGUGGCCCGAAAUUUACCCAGCAUUAUACAACAACAAAAUCAACCAACACAAUCAUCGAUGUCUUCUCAAGCCGGAGCCAAUAUUCUAGGUAACAUGGUUGCGAGUAUGGGUGGUGGAGGUAACGGUGGUGGUGGCAAUGGCGGCAUGUACAACAGUCAAGCCGUCCAACCAUCGCCGGUAGCACCAGUUGUUCAAGCAGCAGCAAAAUCAUUGGGUAAUAGUGCUGCUGGUUUGAAUCUGGGAAAUUUAUCAACAACCAAUUUGGCAGCAUUAUCUAACGUGGUUGGUGGUCUGGGUGCCGCACUUUCGAAUCCACUACUUACAACAUCCCUAAGCAAUCUCGGCUUGAAUUUAGGACCAUCUGGUGGCGGAAAUGACGACUCUAUGUCCUCGGCAAAUGCAGCUUUAUCUAAUAAUUAUAGCACUGGUAAUAACUACAGCUCUGGUUUCGGUGGAUCUUCGGGAUAUAACACCGGCAGUACCGGAAAUUCUGGUGGUGGCUUCAAUGCCUACAAUACCAGCAGUGCCAAUUCUGGCGGUGUUGGUGGCGCUAUGGAUGGUAACGAUUACAGUGUUAGUGGUGGUAAUUUGGACAUGUACGGUGGAGGUGGCAGUAGCGGCGGUAAUGCAGGCAAUGCUGGUAGUAAUCCUCGCAAAUCGGACACCAUUAUUAUAAAGAAUAUCCCACUUAGCUGCACCUGGCAAACUUUGCGGGACAAAUUCCGUGAUGUUGGAGAAGUAAAGUUUGCUGAAAUUCGGGGAAAUGAUUUGGGUGUAGUACGAUUUUUCAAAGAACGGGACGCUGAGUUGGCUAUCGCAUUGAUGGAUGGUUCUCGCAUGGAUGGCAGAACAAUUAAAGUUACAUAUUUUUAAAUAAAAGAACUUGAUUUUAGCUCAUAGAUUUCAUUAUUCCUCACAUACAUUUUAUGUUUUUUUAUUUCUGUACGACUUCGCUUGUAUUAUUUAUAUAAUUUAAAAAAUAAGCAAAUUCUUCACUGCAUAUUCAAUUUGAGAAAUUAUCAGAUAAAUGCAAAAGCAAAAGCAACUGAACCGCAGAAACAUGCAGUUAGCCAUAACUAAGCGUACUUCCAUAGUCGUUUAACUGAAAACAUUUCGAAAAUAUUUUCCUUUAUGGCCAAAUAAAUAUACACUAAAAUAACGGUUAUUUUUAAUGUUAUCAUAAUUUAUGUCGAGGAGAAUUGUAUAGUAGACAAAUAAUUUAUGGGAAACCUUUUUUUUUUAACGUAAUUAGAAGUCAAAGAUAUUAAUUAAAAACAUUAAAAUCAUUCGGUUCAAUACUCGGGGGGAAAAUAAAUUCGAAACAUGUUUUGUCAAAGUGGAUUCUGACGUUCAUAACUUAAGAUCUCGUAUAUGAAUACAGCGUACGUUACUGCAUUUAUCAGUUAUCAAAUCUUCCCAUCUGUAAUUUUUUCCACGUAUUAAAAGCCAUUUUCAAUUAAACAAUAAAGACCAAUAUUCCCAA